AUGGCCUCAACGAACGGCCACUAUGACCAGAGCCUGCUAGCUGCAGCGCCCAAAGCUACACAAUCACAACUUCAGGAGGGCUACAAUCCGGAUCUGCUCAAUGAGAGCACGCAGCCGCCGCCCAGCAGAGAUAUUGAGAGCGCUCAUGCUUCGAAGGAAUACUUGGGCACCCAACCGACGCCGGUUCCAACAAAAGUACCUUUCUGGCGGACAACGAAAGGCAUAAUCAUCAUCGCGGUCGCGGUCGUAGUUGUCAUUGGCGCAGUGGUUGGUGGUGCAGUUGGUGGAACAGUUGGUAAAAAUAAGAGCAGCAACAACAGCGGAUCUCUUGAGACUGGUGAUACGGGUUCGCAAGAGCAGCCCGGGGCCGCACCUGCCGCCACGACCACCUCGACUACGCCAGCAGCAGGGCCCACUCCACAGCAGAACCCCACCACAGCAGACACCGGCGCCGACACGACAAACGCAGGAAACACUGGUGCUGCUCCUCCUGCCAAUCCCAAUCCUCCUGCUUCCGGUACAGGGGGCAGUCUUGCAGCUUUGGGGAACGCAGUGGCUCCCGCAUCUCCUGAAGUUUUGGGCGUAGAUACCUUGAUAUGA